AGCACAUGGGCCAGAUGCAGUGCUGAUGGCAGAAGGCAACCGUCCUGCUGAGCUGACCCAAUCCCAGAUGCUUCAUAUUGCCCAGCAGAUUGCAGCUGGUAUGGUUUACUUGGCAUCACAGCACUUCGUGCAUCGGGAUCUUGCUACCCGGAAUUGCCUGCUUGGUGAGAACCUGCUGGUGAAGAUUGGGGAUUUUGGGAUGUCUAGAGAUGUGUACAGCACAGACUACUAUAGGGUUGGAGGUCACACAAUGCUGCCUAUUCGUUGGAUGCCUCCAGAAAGUAUCAUGUACAGGAAGUUCACCACAGAAAGUGAUGUCUGGAGCCUGGGGGUUGUAUUAUGGGAAAUUUUUACCUAUGGCAAACAGCCAUGGUAUCAGCUCUCAAACAAUGAGGUGAUUGAGUGCAUCACUCAGGGUAGAGUGCUGCAGCGACCUCGCACAUGCCCCAAGGAAGUAUAUGAGUUGAUGCUGGGCUGUUGGCAAAGGGAACCUCACAUGAGGCUCAACAUCAAAGAAAUCUAUUCCCUCCUCCAGGACUUGGCUAAGGCAUCUCCAGUUUACCUGGAUAUUUUAGGCUAA